AGCGGCCAAGUGUUGGCUUUCAGACCUAUAAACUUGAGCCUAGCAGCUCUAAGUCGUCUACUUACUCUAUACUUCGUUAUAAUCCAGAGUCUGUCAUGCUUAGAAUUGCAUUCAAUCGCCAACCGUUGCUACUGCUCUCCAGGAGGACGUUUGCUACCGAGGCGUCAAGCCGCGCCUUGCCUUCCGCUGUUUAUACCAAUGCGUCGGGGAAAGGAGACCCCUCUACAACAUCAACUCCUGAAGACAUCACAGAAGCUCAGCGGAAGGUCUUAGAUGCCGCUCUACGAGUCGAUCAAGCAGGAGAAAUUGCUGCGAAUUACAUUUACAAUGGACAACUUGCUAUACUAGGUCGUGAUCGCAAACUUAGACCGCUGAUUCAAGAAAUGUGGGACCAAGAGAAGAAACAUCUAGAGGUGAUGAACAAACUUCAAGUGCAACACCGAGUAAGACCAACCCUCAUGUGGGAAGUUGCCAAGGUCGCUGGCUAUGGAUUAGGAGCGGUCACUGCACUGUUAGGGAAGGAGGCCGCGAUGGCAUGCACGGAAGCGGUGGAAACAGUCAUUGGGGAGCAUUAUGAUGACCAAUUGAAAGAGCUGGAUGAGAUGUCGACGUCACAUUCGAGCAUUCCCCUUCUCAAGGAGGUCAUCAAGGAGUUCAGGGAUGAUGAGCUUGAGCAUCUUGAUAUUGCCGUAGAGAAUGACUCGCAGCGUGCACCAGCACAUGCACUGUUGGGUACAGUUAUCGGCGGUGGAUGUAAGGUAGCGAUAGAACUGUGUAAGAGAUUCUAGUUCGGGAUGCAGUAUAGACACGAGUGGUGGAAAUCUAUGCUGACAGGCUUUCACCUUUCCGCUUGCCACGCCAACUCCAUUUUUCCUGUACCCAGUAUGUCAGUAAUAUAAGUAUGGCAGAGAGCAAGUAGUACGCACGCCUUGAUGUUUAGAGAGAUAGAAUACAGCUCCUGGCCAUACGAGGAUGCCCAGAAUAGCGA